AUGUCCGCCGACUUUUGGGCAGGCUACAUCAGCGGUGCCGUGGGCAUCAUCAUUGGCAAUCCCCUCGACGUCGUCAAGGUCCGCCUGCAGGCCCGCGAUGCCCUCGCCGCGCAGACGCCGUCUGCCUACUUUCGCCAGUUCGAGAACACGGCCGCUCUCGUCACCGGCACGGCGGCCCCCAUUGUGGGCUACGGCGCCCUGAAUGCCCUCCUGUUCGUCUCGUACAAUCGAACAGAGGCAGCGCUGAACGGCCUGGCGGGCGUGCAGUCGAGUCUCUGGACGACGUGGGCUGCCGGCGCCGUGGGCGGCCUCGCGACAUGGGUCGUCAGCACGCCGACCGAGCUUGUCAAGUGCCGCGCCCAGCUGUCGUCCCCGCCGCGGUCGAGCUGGGCCAUCGCCAAGCAGAUUUACCGCACAGAGGGUGUCAGGGGGAUGUACUUUGGCGGCGUCGUCACGGCGCUCCGCGACAGCAUCGGCUACGGCUUUUACUUUUGGUCGUACGAGCUGAGCACGCGGUGGAUGGCCGCGGCGCCGGGCGACGAGUCGAGCGCCCAUCAGGAGGCAGCCAAGGUGCUCCUCUGCGGUGGUCUCGCGGGCGUCGUGACCUGGGCCAGCGUCUUUCCACUGGACGUCAUCAAGACGCGCGUGCAGACGCAGCGGGCCUUUGGCGGCGAGGCCGAGACGGCGCGCCUGCUGGGUGAGGGGCGCGGAGCCGAGGCGUCCUCACAGGCACGGCAAGGCGCCGUGCAGAUGGCCAAGGCUGCGUACAGGGAGGAAGGCCUGCGCGUGUUCUUCAGGGGCCUCACGGUGUGCAGCGUCAGAGCCUUCGUCGUCAAUGCCGUGCAGUGGGCUGUCUAUGAAUGGGUCAUGCGCGAACUGGGGCAGAGCAAGAAGCGGGUAGAUCCGACUGAAUGA